ACCUGCCGCGGUCGUCGUCGUCGUCUUCUGCGUGCGUACCAUCGCCGGCCGUCCGACGUGUCCGUGUGAGACAUCUGUGGUGCUCCAGUGCAGUCAUCGUGUGUACGCGCACGUGCACAGAACGCAUACAUAAUAAAUAUAUUAAUUAUAAUAUAUAUUAUUAUUACAACGAUAGUAAUUUAUGUAUAUAUUAUAUUUAUAAAGAGUCGAGUCGGGCGCGCGUUCGAUCGGUCUACAUUAUUCUAUACUGUAUGUACGCGCGUUUUUUCAAAAUAGUAUUUUCCUAUCGUCGGGGAGUUAGAGAGAUAAGUUUUAAAAAUCGCACGUGAAUUAUCGUCGUGCUUUCCAUCUGAAAAUGCGUCUCGUCAAUUUGCGCCCUGAAAAUCCCACCGCGGUAUAACGGUGGCGGUGGCUAUGCACCACCACCUACCGGAGCAGCAUCACCACCGACAUGUUCCACCGUCGCAGUGCCGUCACUUGACGACCGCCGACCCUCGUCGGACACCGGCCGCACUUGAACCACCACCGCCGCCACCUCCGUCGUCGUUACAAACAUCUAUAAUUGGAGUCAUCUGUUUUCGUGAACGCUCUACGACAUAAUAUCAUACGACAUACGACGACACAUAAACAUAUAUAAUCGUCAAAACAUGGACGUGUUCAAGCUCGAUCAAUCGUUAGCGGUGGGGCUGGGCGGCGCACCGUCCGCCGACAAGCUAACGGCCGACGUGUCGUUUGGCGCCGGCACCACGGAAGAGUUCAACUUGAGCUUUUUUGAUGACACGACCACAGAUACGGCUGGCUCGGAGAGCCACGACCCGCCGACCCAGGGAUUUGGCGACGAGCCCUGCACCACUGUGCCCAUGGACACGUCCACGCCUGCGGCCGCUUUCCGCGACGUCCGCGUCCAAUCUCCGUGCACCAGUUCCACGUACCGGCAGCCCACCGCGUACGCUGGCCGCGUGGCUGCCUCUCAACCACCUCCCCCGCCGCCGACGGCUGCCGUCACCAACUCUACGCCAUCCUCGUCCACCACCGCACCAGAUCAACACUUUGCGGCAGCAGACUCGAACACUACACCGGCCAAAUCGUUCGUACCGUGUCGUGUGUGCGGCGACAAAGCGUCUGGGUACCAUUAUGGCGUUACGUCGUGCGAAGGAUGCAAGGGGUUCUUCAGACGGAGUAUACAAAAACAAAUCGAAUAUCGGUGUCUGAGGGACGGUAAAUGUUUGGUGAUCAGAUUAAACAGAAAUCGAUGUCAGUACUGCCGAUUCAAGAAAUGUCUGACGGUUGGCAUGUCCAGGGAUUCCGUUCGGUACGGAAGAGUGCCGAAGAGGUCUCGUGAACAACUCGAGUCGGAGUCGAAGACCGUGUCAGCCGCCGAUUCGAUGGCGGCGGCGGCCGUUCAGGUGACCACCACGACGGCGACCACGACGACAGUCGCUGCGAACGCGGCCGCAGCCGUAGCGGCCGCAGUGGCCAUAGGGAUCGGCGGCAGUGCACCGGUCACGGCUGACCCUAUCAUGACCGGCACCGGACCGGCCGCAGUGAUCGAGACCAACGGUGGCAGCGUGUCCAUAUCGUACGACGUGAUCGCAGCCAUAUCGCAAGCGCACCUGACCAACUGCGAUUACACGGACGAGCUGACCAGGACACUGCUCCGGAAACCCGUGGCAUCUCCUCCCGCCCAGGGAUGCUCCAGCCCAGAGGUGGCAUCAUCAACAGCAGACAGCGAGGAACAGCAAAAAAUAUGGCUGUGGCAACAAUUGGCCGCACACAUUACGCCCACCGUGCAGAGGGUAGUGGAGUUCGCAAAAAGAGUGCCGGGUUUCGUAGACCUCAGCCAAGACGAUCAGCUAAUUCUCAUUAAAGUGGGAUUUUUCGAACUAUGGCUGUGCUACGUGUCCAGGUUGGCCACGGACCUUUCGCUCACCUUCUACGACGGCACAUUCAUCACACGACAGCAGCUGGAACUCAUUUACGACGUGGACUUCGCCACAGACGUGUUCCAGUUGGUGACAUCUUUCAACGGUUUAUCGCUGACGGAUACCGAAGUCGGUCUAUUCGCCGCCAUCGUGCUGCUAACGCCAGACAGGCCAGGCGUAUCUGACGUAAAAACCGUACAGCACAGUCAGGACCGAAUCGUUGAAGCAUUCAAGCUACAACUAAGCAAAGGUCACGGAGGAGAUAAAAAUUUGGCUCAAACGGUGCUGUCGAAACUGCCCGAACUACGAACCAUUGGUGCCCGACACGUUUCGUACCUCGAGUGGUUCAGGUUAAAUUGGCACAUGCUGAAGUUGCCACCGUUAUUCGCCGAAAUAUUCGACAUACCCAAGUGCGAAGAGGACUUGCAUCAAGGCUGAAUUAUUAUCUUUCUAUUUUAUUGUUACAGGUUUUUUUUUAUAUAUACUUAUAAAGUUUCGUUUUUUUUAUUUGAAACGAAUCGAAUACUUCCUAAACGAACAAAACGUGUUUACAAUCAAAAACAGAAAAAAAAUGUAUUAAUAAUAAUAAUAAUUUUUUAACAAUAUCUUCGUUAAGAUAAUCUUGAAAUUUACGAUGAAUAACGUACUUCAGCCGCCCCUGUCGAAACCUGCUUGCGCCUCCCAAAUAUUCGUCCGGUCGGCGCGGGAGUACUUACAACAUAUAAUCAUUGACGUCAAGUCGAUCAAAGAUAUAACAUAAUAUAUACCUAUAUAUUAUUAUACUACACUAUUGAGCAAUAAAAUACAAAAAAAAAAAAAAAAAACACUAUAUCGUCUGAUAUUAGAAUAAUUCUAUGUAAAUCGAAAUAAACAUUUUAUAAAUAUUAUAUAUAUAAUAAAACAUUAUGACAUAGGGUACAUGUACAACGAAACAAUCUUGUAUGAUAAGUGUCUUCUUUUUAGUUAUUGUAUAGUUAUAGAAAUUCAAUGACGAUCAAAAUUUCAUCUUACACAUAGUACCUAACGAAUAAUAUACGCGUUCUCGUUUCUUGUUAGGAUUCUUGCAAUAAUAUUAAUCAUUUUCAUAUCAUGCAUUUUUUUUUUUUAAUCACAUACCUAAUGUGUUCAUGGCUUAGUGGAGUGCGGAUAUAAUAUCAUCAUUUUCAUAUAAUAUAAUAGUAUUAUGAUAUAAUCGGUUUUAUUAAAUAAUAUUAUAUAUUAUUUAAUAUUUAUAUAUACAUCGUAAUAGAACUCCAUUUAUCUUUCUAUAUAUUACGUACCAACGAUGUAUUUGGCCUGAAAAUGUUUUUUUUUUUUUUGUCUUUGUACUGUGUUCAUCAUUGACAAUCUUGAAAUCGUUUAAAAAGACAAAAAAAAAUCUAAGCAAUAUUUUGUAAUAUUUAAUUACUGUAUGGUAAAAAUAACUAAAAAUCAAUUUUGUUUUUUUUAUGGAAAGUUAUUAAUAUUAUUAUUAUUAUUAUUAUUAUUAUUGUAUUAUGAUUUGAUUUUCUUCGUACAUUUUCUCUUUUUUUAUAAUUUCACUAGUCAACUGAAGCAAUUUGGUCCAGCAACUAAGCAAACAAAAACGCUUUUAUGUGAUAUAUUUUUUUUUAGUUGAAUUUUGUGUUAUUUUAUCUUUUUACAUUCCAUAGGUAGGUACUUUUUAUAUUUUAUUUGUAGGCAAUAAGUUUUAAAAUUAUACUACAUUUUCGCAAUCUAUUUAUUAUAGCUCUUACGCUGUUGUUGUUAUUGUUGUUGUUAAUCAUUUUUUACUAGUUUUUACAAGUUAACUAACAGUGUACGACCGUUGUGUAAUAUGAAAAGUGCAAUUUAAAUGGGAACCACUGUAUGACCCGGGUUUUCUGUCAAUAUUUCAGUUUCUCUUUUUCUCUAUACUUCUCACUAUAUAAACACAAACAUGUAUGACAAAUCAUAAAAGUAUAAAACACAGACUCACACACGCCCACACACACACAAACACACAGACACACAUACACAGACACACAUACACACACACACACACACACACACACACACACACACACACACACA